AGCGGGCAUUGGCCGCAGCAGCGCGAGGCGGGCACGGGGUAUUGUCCGGCUCCGGCGGCGGCGGUCGGUGCUGCGAGAGCGGCGGCGGCGGCGCGGGUCGUCAGCGGGAGGGCGCGCGGCCGAGCGGAGGCAGAGUCGGCGCCGAGAACAUGGCUGGAGGCAAAGCUGGAAAGGACAGUGGGAAGGCCAAGGCUAAGGCAGUAUCUCGCUCACAGAGAGCUGGGCUACAGUUUCCUGUGGGCCGCAUCCACAGACACUUGAAGACUCGCACCACAAGCCAUGGAAGGGUGGGUGCCACUGCUGCCGUGUACAGUGCUGCGAUUCUGGAGUACCUCACUGCAGAGGUGCUGGAGCUGGCAGGUAAUGCUUCUAAGGAUCUCAAAGUAAAGCGUAUCACUCCGCGUCACUUGCAGCUUGCAAUCCGUGGUGAUGAAGAGUUGGAUUCUCUUAUCAAGGCUACCAUAGCUGGGGGUGAGAAGAGAAGGUGUUCUUAGAUCAGAAGAUGUCAUUGUAUUAGGUGACUGCAAGGUUUUGGUGAUCUAGUGAAACAAGAUUCUACUGGGAUGUGUGCUGAGCUGAACCAAGGAACCGCCCGAAUGUGCUGAACAAGGACAUUUGCUUCUCAGAUACGUGAAUUCAAUUUUAAGGAAGACUCUUGAUCUGCUUCAGAGCAGCUUUGAUUUAAAGUAAUUUCAGAGCACUUUUCCUUGCAUAUGAGUAAUUUUCUGAAUGUAUAAAAUGUUCUGUUUAUGUUUGACCUUUCGGAUAAACUGUGUUGCUGCAGUGUUGGUCCACACUACCAUCCUGAGUGAAGACUUAGUAAGUCUGGGGAUCUCCAGGCACUGGAAAGGGUGAGAACCUGGGAGUGAAAGGGUUAUAGUUAGUGUCUGUUUUUCAGGUUUUGUUUCAUAGGGAGUCCUGAGUGGGGUAACCUGAAAUGUGUAACAGUUGAAGACCAUCCCAUUCCUAUCCCCAGUAAAAAUAGGCUUUUCCACAAUCUUCUACCAGUUAACUUAGCUUUCUUUUUCUCUUCAAUAGAGGCUCACUCUUGUCACCCAGACUGGAGUGCAAUGGCGCGAUCUUGGCUCACUGCAAGUUCAGCCUCCUGUGUCCCAGCGAUUCUCCUGCCUCAGCCUCCCAAGUAGCUGGGAUUACAGGUGCAUGCCACCAUGCCCAGCUAAUUUUUGUAUUUUUGGUAGAGACGGGGUUUCACCAUUUUGGCCAGGCUAGUCUCAAACUCCUGACCUCAGGUGAUUCGCCCAUCUAAGCGUUCCAAAGUGUUGGGAUUACUGGCGUGAGCCACCAGGCCCAGCCAACUAGCAUUUCUUAAGGUGAAAAUACAUGGUGUUAAUUUAUAUUUUGAGUGAGGCCCAGUCCAGCUGCUAUAACUGCUUGGACACUUGGCAGAGGACAGAGUACUGCAAAACUUUUGAAGGGAGAGGGCAUUUUGCCUUGAGUGCUGUAGAUGUACAAGAAAGGUUCCAGGAGGGGGUGAUAAGCAGAAUUUUGGUCCCCAUCACCUUCCAUGCCCAGUGUUAUGUCUGUGAACGUGUUACAUUAUGUGGUAAAAGGGACUUUGCAGAUGUAACUAAAAUUUCUAAAAUAGAGAUACUAUCCUGGAUUAGCUGGGGGAACCCAGUAUAAUUACACAAAUCCCUAAAAAUGGAAGAGGAUGCAGGAGUCAGAUUCAAAGGAAGGCUCAAGGUGCUAUUGCUGACUUGAAGAUAGAGGGGCCAUGUGGAAAUCAAGAGAAGGAAGUGAAUCCUGCCAGUGAGCUUGGAAGAGCACCUUGAGACACAGAUGAGAAUCUUGGCCUUACCUGAUGCCUUGAUUUUAGCCUGGUGAGACCCAGAGCAUAUAAAUUUGUUGUGCUGUGCCACACUUCUGACCUACAGAAACUUGGUUUAAAGCCACUAAGUUUGUGGUAAUUUGUUAAAGCAGCAGUAGAAAACAGAGGAAUUUGUGGGCUUUAGGCCCCUGAGGGUAGAGAUUUAUGACUUGUUACAAGUAGAGAGCAGUGGAGAGUUGGGCUUUGUAAUUCUUUCAAGGGUGAUUAUAGUUCUGGAGUCCUGUCCACCUGGGUUCAGAUCUUUGUUUGUCAGUCCCUGGCUAUGUGACUUCACUGCUUUAAGCCUCUGCCUUCAUCCUUAAAGUAGAAAUGAUAGUACCUACCUCACUCUGAUCUCUGAAUGAGAACACACGUAAGACACAGCACAGUUCCUGGUGCUCAAAGACCUCCAACACCUGAAAGCACCAUGACCCCAUUUUUCAGUCAAGAUUUCUAAGAGCCGUUAUUACCAGAGGUUCAGUGAGAACAUGGGCAGGGUAAUCUCAAAAUGGAGAACAUAAAAACUGGGACUCCCAGGCCAGUCGCUUAGAAGACUGCUGCAGGAAGUACCAAGGUCAUUAAGAAUCAGUAAUAAUAAGUAAUAUGUGAAUCCAUUAGAAUGUUGAGAAGUAGACCUGUGACAUUUCAAAAAAAUGUAUACUCAGACACAGCCAUAUAUAUCGGUAUCGCCAAGUUGGAAGAGCAUCACAGGGCAUAGUUUCAUGAAAGCUUCAAAAAAUAUACUAAUUGCUGGUAAUAUGUGAACAGAAAAGAAUAGCCAUGUUAAAACAGGAGUGCCUGAGAAUUAGCUCUGUUCAUCUUGUCUCCUAGCUGUAAGCACCCUAGAUUCAAAUUAUGCACCUAGAAAACUAAAUUAUUGUGUAUGUUAUAGACCUUUGAAAUGGAUACACGAAAGUUAGUGAAAUCGGAAUGAAUGUUUCGCCUGCCAAAGAUACGUAUUUUUGUAAGUGAUACAAGGGCCCCAUGAGCUCCGUGGCCACAUCUGUACAAAACAGGCCCUCCUUUCGGGAACUGGUCUCGGGAGAGCAAAGGGGUCAGCUCCCUAAAUGGCAGCUGAGACAGCCCUCCCUGGUGGCAUGGCCCUGUUUCCUGUUGAUGUGGUGAUGGUUGGAGAGUCAAAUUUUUUUUUCCAGAAUUUGUGAAAAUCAUCUCUGAUUAAUGAUUACACAAAAGCUUUUAAAAUUUUUUUAAAUUAUUUCUUUCUAAUUCUAUAAAUAAACUGUAGUUGUACAGCCACUGUACAGCUAACAUUUCAACACUGGAAAUGAGGCUGGUUUAUUCCAGUUUGGCUCAGAUUCUUCAGGGAAGCCCAGUUAAGACAAAUAGCUCUCUAUACUCAAUCCUUACUUCGCUGAGACGAUACAGGCCUGCCCACUCAUUCCCACCUACUCUUCAUGAGAAGUCCUUUAUUUCUGCGUGUUUCCUGUUCUUUGGGACCUUUAGGAGCUACCCUCUACAGAUAUUGAUAGUCUGUAGAGUCAGGAAUACCAUUAACAUGUUAAAGUAGACUCUAAAGAUUAGUUCUUUGGCAAUAGCCCAGUCUGGACUUAGUAUGUACUUUUGAAAAUAAAACUGCUUAUUUUUAAACUCUGUAAUUAGGACGUUUUGCUAUUUGAGUUAUAUUCCUUUCUAACUUCAAAUGUCUGCAUUCAUGUAUAAUAGCCAUUUUAUGCACAGGUGAGGUGGUUCCCACACUUUUUCACAGAUGUUUCAUUACCUAGAUGAGUGUAUUACAUAAUAAAUUUGAAUAAUGGUAGUCUUCCAAAUGACAAAAAGCAAGCUAGUUGAUUUGUCAAUUUUGAGUUUAAAUGUUUUGACUGCUUAUCAGCAAAAAAUUCAAAGAGUAGCAUACUGCUAUUAAUGGAAAUGCAGAGUAUAUUUAAUUAGCAUGAUUUUUCCAUGGAUAUGUGUGCUUCAUUUGAUCUUCUAUUGUAUGUAGCUCGUGAUCACAUUUUCUGUUGGUUAACGUUGUUCCUAGCUUAUAUGAUGGAAUUAAAUAUAUUCUGUGUAAAAAGA